ACACAUGUGAUCAUCUUGGAGGCAGAACUCCACCUGGUGGAAUGUGUUGAAUUAGCGACUCUUCCUGUCGUCCUCGUGCUCUUUGCUCUCAACUCCAUCAUUUAACGUGCUUGAAGUCCAACAAUGUCCCACAUUCAGCAGGACGUUUUCAAACCAGGUCCUUUAGGGACACGGUGGUCCUCUGCAGACUGUGUGCCGCGGAACGUUAGAUGUAGAGAUGGAAGUAGCAUAGCAGCUAGCGUAGCCCAGCAAGUUUUACUUGCGGUCCUGGAAGUAAACAAACGUACGUUAACUACAUUAAAGUAUUUGGUUUCAUUAAUCUCGGCCACAUUGUUCCUGCUUGCAGGUGGAAGAAGAGGAAGGAGGCGAUUCCUUCGACAUGCAGAUAUCAGUGUCCGACCCCGAGAAAGUGGGUGACGGGAUGAACGCCUACAUGGCCUACAAAGUGUCCAUCAAGACUUCAAUGUCUCUGUUUAAGAGUCAUGAGUUCUCCGUAAAAAGACGUUUCAGUGACUUUCUGGGUCUGCACAGCAAACUGGCCUCCAAGUACCUGCACGUGGGCUACGUCGUCCCCCCCGCGCCGGAGAAAAGCAUUGUGGGGAUGACCAAGGUGAAGGUGGGGAAGGAGGACCAGUCGUCCAAUGACUUCGUGGAGAAGAGGCGGUCGUCUCUGGAGAGGUACCUGAUGAGGACGGUGAAGCACCCCGUCCUGCUGAAGGAUCCCGACGUGCUGCAGUUCCUGGAGAGUUCGGAG